CCGUGUGUCAGUCUUCCUUCGUCUGUCCGAAAAAGCCGAAAUGCAUUUCCAAUCUGGAUACAGUCGACUUUUGAGCACAAAACAUCAAAGCACGCUCUUGCGGGCGGCGUGGUCGUUCGUCUGCUGCCGUCUGGAAUCAGACGGCGAAUAUCAGCAGUCGUCUGAAUUCUUCCAAGACCAAAGUGUUUGGGUUUCUCCUGCCGCCAUCCAAGAUGCAGUGUUGCUGCAUGAAAGCGGAGUCACACACACAACAGCAACGUCGAAAGCCCGCGGGAAAAGUGCUGCUACCUUCCGCGCCGAACGGGGACACAACACGACCGCUGUGCUAAAGAAGCUGAAAAAGUGUCUCGGAAAAUUUUCCGACAUGAACACCGGGCCGGCUGUCGGGAAAUUCUAUAUGCUGCUGGCGACGCUGCUCCUCCUCGCGAGCUCGCCUUGCCGAGCGGCCGAGCACCCCCCCGCGGCCCAGUGGUCCGCCCCGCCGGAGGACGACUUCGGGAACGGCACCCUCCUGCGCCGCCACAGGACCUGCGUGGAGAACCAGCAGUACCACUACCAAGACCUCUGCUGCCUCAACUGCCAGGCCGGUACGUUUGUGCAGAAGGAGUGCGAGCACGAUCACCAGCAGGGGGUGUGCGCUCCCUGCGAACAUGGACUCACGUACACGGAACAUUCCAACGGGAUGUACCGAUGUCUGCCCUGCACGCACUGUCGGCCAGACGAGAUCGAGACGGCGUCCUGCACCACCACGUCGGACACCAGGUGUCAGUGCCGAUCCGGAACCUUCUGCGUGCCCGACCAGGCCUGCGAGGUCUGCAAACGCUGCGCCAAGUGCAAAGCGGGCGAGGAGGAGGUGAAGAAGUGCACGCACUUUUCCAACACGGUGUGCCGAAAGCGCGGCCCGUCGCCCACCCAGACGCCGCCGCCGCCGGCUCGAAUCCCGCCCACCCCCGCCUCGCCGGCAGACAUCGUGGUGCCAGUCCUGAGCUGCCUCUUCCUCCUCGCCAUCUUGGCCGCGGCCUUCGCCACGUGGCGCUUCGUCGUCAAGCGCCGCUCCUUCGGCGGGACGUGCGCCAAGAGUCACUGCGACGCCGGCGAAAUCAUCAAGAUUCCCAUCGACGAGAGCGCUCCCACAGUGGAGCAGAUCCACAACAGCCGUGACGCCGGCCCGGAGGGCGACGACUCGCGUCCGGAAUCGCGUCCGCUGCUGCAGGAGACUCAGGCGGGCGUGACCAACGAGUCGUCGCCGCCCCCGGAGGACGAGGACCGCGGGCUGGGCGACAGCCUGCCCAACACCACCAGCUCGUCGCAGACCAGCCUGUCGGCGCUGCCCACCGUCGCCUCGUCCGGGAACAGCCCCCAGCCGAGCCCCGCCGCCUGCAGGUUGAGCACCACCGCCAUGGAGGAUCCUCUUCAACACCGCCUCCUGCCGCUGCAAGAGUCCGAGAAGUCGCUGAAGAAGAGCUUCGACCUCUUCGACAAGUACCUGGACGUGCGGAUCCACAACAAGUUCUUCCGCAUGAUCGGGGUGAGCGACAACCACAUCCGCCUGGCGGAGAGCGGCGCGGCCGGCGACAAGGUCUACGAGCUGCUCAAGAACUGGAUGCAGCGGCAGGGCCUGAAGGCCGACAUCAACCACCUGCUGCAGGCCCUCCUGGACCUGGACCAGCGGCGCUCGGCCGAGAGCAUCGCCUCCGAGGCGCUCAGGCGGGGCUACUACAAGCACGAGCGGGCACCCUGAGGGACUCCGCCCCGUCGUCUCCUCUUUUGACUUGCCUCGAAUCAAGAGCCAGUAGUUUUUCUUCCGAGCGACGCUUUGUUUUUGUUUUUUGUUUUUUUUUAAAAAAGGGGUAAGUCGAGAUGCUUGGAGGUGGAAAAACAGAAGUAGUCGUCGUAGUAGCACGGAGAAAGAAAGGACCGCACGUACUCGGCUCCACGUGCUGGCGAACGCAUACACUGGUCUGGCGUUAGCGACGUCGCUAACGCGCCAUCUCCGCCACUGGCUCAAUGUCAACACGUUAGCUGUUUGUUUGCCAAAAUUUAGCCUCCCAGCCCACACCCUGUCGUCGUCUUUGCACUGUGUCCCUCUAAAAAUAUUGUGCUAGUUAAAUAAUUUUUUUUCAUAAAUAUUUUUCAUGGCAAAAUUCUGAACUUUUCCAUGAAGAAAAUUCUUGUAGGAUUUUUUUUUUUUUUUUUUUUUUUAAACUGAUUUUUCUUACAGGAUUCAGAAAAUAUGAUUUCGGUCUUGUGCCAUUAUGCAUUUUUUUCUAAGGAAAUUACAACUCCUUGCUUCAGAUUGCCUUUUCUUUUCGUAAGAUUAUGAAAUUAGACUCAUACAAUUUACUUACAUUUUUUGUAAGAUCCGUCCUUUUUCCGAGCCGCUUAUCCUCACAAGGGUUGCGGGAGCGAUGGAGCCAAUCCUAGUUAAAUUUAGCAGGAAGCGGGAUAGACACUGAACUGGUCGGCAUCCAAUCGCAGGGCAACAGUCGCACUCACAAUCACACCUUGUGGCAAUUUAGAAUCUCCAAUUGAUGCUCCACGUUUCUGGGAUAGGCGGCACGGUGGGGCAGCUGGUAAAGGGUCCGGUUUCGAUCCCGGCCCCGCAUGUGUAGAGUUUGCAUGUUCUCCCCGUGCCUGCGUGGCUUUUCUCCAGUUACUCCGGUUUCCUCCCACCUGCCAAAAACAUGGAGCAUGAAUUGGACACUAAAUUGCCCAUAGGUGUGAUUGUGAGUGCCGCUGUUUGUCUCGAUGUAUCUUGCAAUUGGCUGGCAACCACUUCAGGGUUCCGCCUCCUGCCCGUUGAAUGCUGGGAUAGGUGCCAGCACUCCCCGCGACCCUUGUGAGGAUAAGCGGCCAAGAAAAUGGAUGGAUGUUUCUGGGAUAGGAUAUUGGAGGAAACCGAAGUGCCCAGAGAAAACCCACCCAGACACGGGGGGACCGUGCAAACUAUACACAGGCAGGGCCGGAAAUUGAACCCCGGUCCUCAAAACUGUGAGGCCAACGCUCUUAACUCGUCGACCACUGUGCCGCUCUAAUCUAAGAUUACAAUUUCUAUUUUGCAAAAAAAAAAAAAAAUACUGUCAUAAGGUUCUAAACAAGUUUCUACAGAAAAUGUGACUUUAUUCUCCGAUUGCGAUUUUUUUGUUUUUUUUUUUAAUAAAAAAUGAAAAUGACUUUUUGUAAAAUUCUCAUAAAAUUCAGAUUUUCAAAAUAGACUAUUUUCUUAACUCACUUUCUCUACAAAAAAGGACGACUGACGUGAAAAAAAUGUCUAUUUUCAUUAAAUCAAAGCUUACUUAUAGCAGCUUUAUGCUCAUUAGAUUACAUUAUCUAUGAAAAAUAAAAUUUAAAAAAUGGAUGCAAUUUAUUUUUGUAAAAUUGAAGACGUUAAUCUAAAAAAAAAUACUAUUUUGUAACAUUGCAUUUUUUUUUCAAGAAUGUUGUUUAAAGACCAUUGGCAUCAAAUGUACAAUUUUUUUUAGAUUAAACUUAAUUUUUUAAUACUUCGAGAAAGUUACUAAACUGCCCCCUACUGACUUAAUCUAGUCCUGCUCACAAGUUAUGACAUUUCUUUUUUUUUUUUAUUAUUAUUUUCCUUUUCUUCGAUAAACAUUUGCGGGGUUUCUAUCCGACCGUGAAAUUUUCGGUGACACGGCUCCAAUGUUCGCGUAUUUACGACUUCGGCGCCCGCGUGAAAUUUUGCCCCUUCUACAUUUUUAUUUGUCAUUUUUAUCACCGUGCUUAUUUAUACCCGCGUGGCGUCGCCGCUCUUUCUCAAAAGACUAUACUGUAGUUACAUUUCAAUUCCAGAAUACAUAUUUUUUUUAGGUUAAAAAUAUGGAUAACUGAGUGUAUCCAUUCUGUAAUAUAUUAAAAAAAAGGAACAAUAUUUUAUACUGUAUGUCCAAGCAUUCAUGCUGGCGACUUUAGGCAAAAUUCGUGGUUGUGUGCCAAUAAAAAUAAAAAAUAUUCUUGUUGCUGGGCAGAAUUCAGUUUGGCGGCAGGUACGGAACUUUUUUGUCCCGCUUCGUUUUCAUGAAGUAACUCUUUUAUUUUCUCCCUCCUGAAUGUAAAACUUUUUUUUGUUUAUUUUUGCCCCCCCCCCC